AAAAAGACUGGAACGAGUAGUAAAUGUAAAAUGGCGGACAAGGUAGCGGAAGAAUCCAAGAGUUUAAGGCUUCGUCUGCAGUCAUUUCUGAGUGGCAAGGAUGAAACAGGGAAAAUCUUGUCCAACGCUGAGAAAACACAGUGUGCGAUUGCGUUACUACACUCUCUUCCUUGUGCAAGGCAUGCUGUAUUAGAACAACUCUGCGAUGUGUUUCAUGAAGCUGUCCAAAAAUAUAUGGUAGAGUUAGAAAGACAAGCAUUAUCUGGGACUUCAGUUGCCUCUCAUCCAGAUGCCCUGGAUCCUGAGUUGAUAUCUGCUUUACAGAAUGUCAGUGAAGUUGUUUGCAGAUUUGUUGAUAAUAACCCUACUGCCUGGGCACCACUCAUUUGUCAGUGGUCUUUGAAUCUCCUUGGGCAAGUUGUCACAAAGAAUAAUGGAAGGAGAGCUGCUGGCAUUACUAUGUCGCUAAGUGAGGGUCUUCAUAAGUGGAUGUUAUAUCCUGCUGUUCAAAGAUUGAUGGAUAUUACAGUCCACUGCAGUGCCAAAUUAGUUGGCAGUGGUGAAGCUGAUGUGUGUGUGCAGUGUUUGCUUCAAAUAGCAAUGAACAGCUCUCCUCAUUUGGACUGGGUUGUAGCUCAUAUUGGGUAGGUCUACAAAAUUUUGCUUUGCUUAUGGAGAGAAUUCUAGUAGUAUGUAUAGAUCAUGGCACCAUGAAAAGAAAAAUUUUACUAGUUCUUUGUUACGUUGUCCACAUGUGUAAGCUGUAGAGUUUUUCUUAGAUUAAUAUGUUUAUCAAAGUCACUGUGACUCUUCUAUUGAGUUUUAUAAUAAAGUUCAGAUAUAACGUGUGCUGUCAUUGGUUGAAAGGGCAUGCUCUAUCAGAGUAUAGAACAUGGAGUUGAAGCUGUCAGGCCAUCUGCCAAUUUGUAACAUGGCGGACCAAAUGCGGAAUUUUUCUCUUGGGUUUUUUUUCGACCCAGAAGUUCUCUACGACCUAGAAGACGAAAGAGAAAACGAGCUGUUAGCAUCGAUCGAUUUAGAGGAUACUGUCUGACAAUGCGACCUACCCUUUAACUGAAAGUGAGGUUUCCAACAAAGUUAAUUACGAAAACAAUGAGCGCGGCGGCAAUUUAAACAGGCAAAGAUUUGAAAACAUGUCAAGUGCCGCAAUAGACGAGAUAAUUGUAAGAGCAGAAACAAAGAAAACCAAACAAUCCACGAAAUGGGCUAUCCGCGUUUUUGAAGGUGAGUUUUUUUGUUGCAAAAAUAUAAUAAAUACCAUAUGAAAACCUCGAAUAGAGUGGACGCACAUUUGCUAAACUUUCUUGCCAAAAAAAAAAACAAUCAAGAAAAGUGGACGAUUUUAAAACUGGCUAGGACACACACGUUUCUAACCAACAACCAUAACUUUCUCUAGAAAAUGAACACCAAAAUACAAAUAAAAAUCUUUUUUUUUUUCGUUGCCGUUUUUUUAAUAGCUUGGUGUAGUGAAAGAAAAGUUGCCAAGAACCUCCACGAAAUGAGCAACAAAGAGCUUGACCUAUCCAGAAGUUAAAUCCUGCCUGCGAAGCACUUUUUCAGUACCCAAAGCAAGCCGUGAAAUCUUAAGAUAAAGUUUGGUACGACAACUAGCCUCUGGGGGUCAACACAGCGCAGCAGUUUGUCAAGUUCCAACCACAAGCUUUAAGCAGUUGUUUUCAGAUUGUCACAUUGAUAAUGUCCAGGUUUUCAUGGGCCAAAAUUCGGCUGGAUUUCAUUAAUCAUGUUACUACAGAUACUGGUUUUUGUAUGCAAAAUAUGUACUUUGAUGCAUUCGAAUUAUUAAGCAAGAUUUGCGAUUCUUCGUGAUAGCUUUUGAUGGUUUGACAUUUUGACAGCUUUGGUCUUGUUCAUCCAAUCAAGUUAGGUCUUCCAUUCUAACAAGGAUUCUGAUUGGCUUUUUGUAAGCAUGCUCUGUCAGAGUAUAGAGCAUGCUGACGACAC